UCAAGCGCUUCUAAGGAGGCUUGGCUGUAGAGGGCUACUUUAAAAGCAGAAGGGGGUGGAGUUUGGUAACGGGGACUGUGAAAGAGGAGAGAGAGCGCCGCAAGCCCGGGCACGGUCUCGUGCAGCAGCAGCCAGCGCCUCAGCCAUGGGGAACGUCGUGGCUCGUGAGGAUUUCGAAUGGGUUUAUACGGACCAGCCACACGCCGCCCGGCGAACGGAGAUCUUGCGUAAACAUCCAGAAAUAAAAACGUUGAUGAAACCAGAUUACAACUUGAUCUGGAUAGUUGUACUGAUGGUGUUUGUACAGCUAGUUACUUUUUAUCUAGUUAAAGACUUGAAUUGGAAAUGGGUUCUAUUUUGGUCAUAUGCAUUCCACAGCUGUAUCAGUCACUCUAUGACUCUAGCUGUUCAUGAAAUCUCUCACAAUAGUGCCUUUGGCAAUGCUAAACCUCUGUGGAAUCGAUGGUUUGGAAUGUUUGCGAAUCUCCCUCUUGGCUUCCCAUAUUCAGUGUCCUUCAAGAGAUACCACAUGGAUCAUCAUCGUUAUCUUGGUGGUGAUGGAAUUGACGUGGACAUUCCUACUAACUUUGAAGGAUGGUUUUUCUGCACCCGUUUUAGAAAGCUCCUUUGGAUUAUUCUUCAGCCCUUAUUUUAUGCCAUUCGACCUCUGUCUAUAAAUCCCAAACCAAUCUCACGACUUGAAAUCAUCAAUGUCUUGGUUCAGGCCCUUUUUGAUGUUGCAAUAUACUACUACUUUGGAGUAAAAUCACUCCUUUAUAUGCUUUUGGGAUCAGUGCUUGGGCUGGGCGUGCAUCCUAUUUCAGGACACUUCAUAGCUGAACAUUACAUGUUUUUGAAAGGGUAUGAAACAUAUUCCUACUAUGGACCACUUAAUAUGCUUACGUUCAAUGUUGGAUACCAUAAUGAACACCAUGACUUUCCUAAUGUUCCUGGAAAGCAUCUUCCAGUGCUAAAGGAAAUGGCCUCUGAAUACUAUGACAACCUGCCACAGUAUAAAUCCUGGAUAAAAGUACUUUAUGAUUUUGUGAUGGAUGAUACUAUCAGCCCCUACUCACGUGUGAAAAGGCACUUAAAGGGUGAAGUGAAAGAGGACUGAAUUGGCUAAAAAAACUUUAUAAACGCCAUGAAUAUAGACCUUAGUAGUAAUGCAUCAUCCUAUAAAGAUGUAUUCGUUGUUAUCUCGAUUUACUUCCAAAAAAUAUAUGGUUACAUUCUAGAACAAAGACUCUGAAGGAUUAAACUAUUGCCAGAACUAGAGCAUUCCUUACAAUUGUCCUGCCUCUACUGGUGUAAUUGAUGUAGCUUUAAAUAUCAGUGUUUUGUGCAUAAUGUUAGUAUUAAUGUUACAUAAUGUGUUAGUAGCAGUUCUCUUUUUUUCCUUUAAACCUGUAACCAUAUCGGAAGCAUAUGUACCUCUUGGGUUAUAUUUACUAAGGGGGACCCUUUAAUAGGCCACAAAGUAGAACAUUUUGCUAACAGAGCUUAACAUUCUAAACUAUUAAAAUUUUAAGUGGCAAAUAUUUGUUUAAGUAGUUAAACAGAAUGCUUGGCUGCGGUUCCUCAGUUUGGUUAAUCCAAGUUCUAAUAUAAUUAGUAAUAAAGUUCCAUUACAACUGCUUCUAUAAAAAAGGAACUAUGACCAUUGGAAGUAUGCUAGUAUUUCUGUAAUUGUAGAGCAUGGAUCUGUCAGCCUGUUUGGUAUGAAUCUCUAGGUCCAAAUUCAAAUUGGCACCCUGAACAACAUGACAAUCUAGGAAAAUAUUCACUUUUUGUUGGAUGGGGAUGUUCAUAAAUCCUAAUGAAAGAUCACUGUUACAGCUGCAUAAUGUGAGGCCAGCUCAGCAGCUGUUUGACUUGGAGUUUUAGGAGCUGUGUGGUAGAAUGCAGUUCUAUUGUUCUAAUGCGUUAUGCCUUCUUGGUUGGUGUAAGAUAGUUAAAUAACAUAAUGGGCAUCAGAUCUGUAAAGCAUCAACACUGAGGAUGUCAAGUACCUACUUCUUGAAGAAGAGC